AAAUCAACCCAAGUUACCAAAAGAAAACGCUCAGCAAGAAGAUGCAUUUCUUCCCAAGUUAGCCACAAAAUCUUCUCUCUCAAAAGCUGAAUCCUCCUUCUCCCCCGCUGGAGUAAACCGACAGAUUCAGAAAAUGCUUCGCCCUUCCAUUCCCCAUCUUCUUGCCGCUGCCGGCGCCGCCUUCCUCUCGACAUUUCCCACAUCCUCGGCUGCUGUCGAUGAGCGGUACGUCGACUGCGGGCGCCAGUUCAGCUGCGGGAACAUCCGGAACGCGAGCUUUCCUUUCUGGGGUAGUCCACAGCCCUUCUACUGUGGCCUGCCGGAAUUCAAGCUCCUCUGCGAGGAUGGGGUCGCGACCAUGGAAAUCGCGUCGCAGAAGUACCAGGUCCUCGAGAUCGACCACAACAACCACAUCCUGAGGCUCUCGAGAUUGGACUUUUACGAUAGUUUAUGCCCCCCGAGGAUCGUCAACGCCACCAUGAACUACCUCUUCAAGCCUACCAGCGACUUUGGUAACCUCACGCUAUUCUACAACUGCUCGUCCGUGAACACAUCCGUUGCCUCCGGCAAAUUCAGUUGUUAUGGAAACGAUGCAUACAAUGAGAGCAACUAUUACACGAUCGGUUCGGUUCCAAGUGGCGGAGAAUUCGGUUCUUGCCAUGCCAGUGUGACCAUUCCGGUUCUUCCGACAGCAUCAGAGAUCCUGAUGGAGAAUAAGACAUCCUCGCUUGGCGAAGUGAUCAGAGAAGGAUUCGAGGUCCAGUGGGUCGUGGAUCACACGGCGUGCACGGAAUGCCAGAGCUCCGGCGGACGAUGUGGAUACAACACGAGCUUUUUCCAGCCCAUCUGCUUCUGUCCCGAUCGGCCUGAUCUAUUGAGAUGUCUCUCCAAAUCAGGAUUCAAGUUGAGCAUGGAAGCUGGAGUUCUCAUUGGUGCGAUAAUGCUUGGACUCGGAAGUAUAGUCGGGAUGAUAUUCCUCGUCCUUUGCUUGAUGAGAAAACCGACGUCGAAGACUGUGAUCUUCUUCUGGAAGAAGAAAUCAUCAGGCACCUACAGGAUGGAGGCGUUCCUAGAGAAAUGCGGAGGCUUCGCCCCGAAACAGUACAGUUACAAAGAUGUCAAGAAAAUGACCAACUCCCUCAGAGAUAAGCUAGGCCAGGGAGGCUAUGGCAGCGUCUACAAAGGGAAACUGCCCGAUGGCUCGCUAGUGGCGGUGAAGAUAUUGUCCGAGUCCAAAGGCGACGGGAAAGAAUUUCUCAAUGAAGUCGCCAGCAUCAGCAGAACUUCGCACGUCAACAUCGUUACUCUACUCGGGUUCUGUUCUGAGGGGUCGAAACGGGCUCUUGUUUACGAGUUCAUGCCUAAUGGAUCAUUGGAGAAGUAUAUAUUUGCACAGGAUCAGGCAACGGAUGUUGAUCACCUGGGAUGGGAGAAAAUUUACCAAAUUGCGAUUGGUGUCGCCCAUGGACUGGAGUACCUGCACAGAGGAUGCAACUCGAGAAUACUCCAUCUUGACAUCAAGCCGCAAAACAUCCUUCUUGAUGAAGAUUUCUGCCCUAAGAUCUCCGAUUUCGGUCUUUCAAAGCUGAGCAACAGGAAAGAGAGCACCAUGUCUAUGAUGGGCGCCCGAGGAACCGUGGGGUACAUUGCCCCGGAAGUCUUCUCAAGAAAUUUCGGAGUAGUUUCGGACAAGUCCGAUGUCUAUAGCUUUGGGAUGAUGAUCCUAGAAAUGGCGGGUGGAAGAAGAAACACUGAGGCUGGACUUACAAACAGCAGCGAAGUUUAUUUCCCGCACUGGGUGCACAGCCGAAUGACGUUGGAGGAGGAUCUGAACCUGCAAUGGAAUAUGAAUGAAACAGGAAAAGAAGUAGCGAAAAAGAUGAUUCAGGUGGGCCUGUGGUGUACCCAAACAUAUCCGAGGAACCGGCCUUCGAUGGAUAGGGUGGUCGAUAUGCUGGAGAGAAGGCAUGAAGAUCUCGAAGUACCACCGAAACCAUUUCCUUCUUCUCCUGCAUCGCACAUCAAUCCUGCAACAUCUACUACUCUUCAUUCAUCACAAGACAGCAAAAAGCCUCUUUCACACUAUUCACAAGACUAGGAAGGGAGUCGAUUGCAGAUAAGCUAACCACUGUCCAAAACCUCUGUUUCAAUGAUGUACGUAAAGAUAUUCAUAUUAUUUAUUCUUGGGCAGAUCCAGAACACUUGAAUGUAAAAGAUUGCCACUUUAAA